GGAUAAAGCGUGGGGUGCAGCAGAGCCCACGGCAACACUGCGGCUCCCCGUGCAGGCUUCAGCCUCGCCUGCCUGUGUCUGUGGGAGUCCAGCAUGGAACCUUUCUACUAUUUCCUGGGAUUUCUGCUUCUGGCUGCAAGACCGCCACGCAGUGCUGCCACACGAUUCCGUGAUGUGCUGGACAAUGAAAACCCGCGUGGUUCCACGAGGGAGCACCCCCAACUCGAUGGCUGGUCCCCAGAUGAAAACAACUGGAACGAAAAACUCUACCCAGUGUGGAAGAGGGGAGAUGUGAGGUGGGGAAGUUCCUGGAAAGGAGGCUGUGUGCAGGCAGUCCUGACCAGCGACUCACCGGCGCUGGUGGGCUCCACGCUGACGUUUGUGGUGGACUUGGUGUUCUCCAGAUGCCAAAAGGAAGACGCCAGCAGCAUCAACGACACUGGACCACCUGCUGACCCCUACAUGUACAACUGGACAGCCUGGGCGGAGGACGGUGACUGGGGAAACGACAGUGGCCAAAGCCACCACAACGUGUUCCCCGAUGGGAAGCCCUUCCCCCACCCGUGGAAGAAAUGGAAUUUCGUCUACGUCUUUCACACGCUAGGUCAUUAUUUCUACAAGCUGGGACGGUGUUCAGCGAGGGUUUCUCUAGACACAACCAACGUGACCCUUGGCCCUCAGCUCAUGGAGGUGACCGUGUACAGAAGACACGGCCGGGCGUUCAUGCCCAUCGCGCAGGUGAAAGAUGUGUACGUGGUAACAGAUCAGAUUCCCGUGUUCGUGACGAUGACCCAGAAGAGUGAUCGGAAUUCGUCGGACGAGACCUUCCUCAGAAACGUGCCCAUCGUGUUCGACGUCCUGCUGCACGACCCCAGCCACUUCCUCAACAAGUCCGCCAUCAGGUACAAGUGGAGCUUUGGCGACAACACCGGCCUCUUCGUGUCCGACAGUCACACCUUGAACCACACAUACGUGCACAAUGGAACGUUCAGCCUCAACCUCACCGUGCAGGCGGUGGUGCCUGGACCUUGCCCUCCGCCCACGCCCAGGCCUCCAAAGCCCAGCCCUCCUCCCGGACCUGCUGGUGACAGCUCCUGGGAGCUGAGGGAGGUCCCCGAGGACGGCUGCCAGAUUAACAGAUAUGGGUACUUCGAAGCCACCCUUACAAUUGUAGAGGGAAUCCUGGCGGUUAACAUCAUCCAGAUCGCAGAAGUCCCGAUGGCCCAGCCGCAGCCCGGCGACUCCCUGAUGGACUUGGUUGUGACCUGCCAAGGGCCGGUCCCCAGAGAGGUCUGCACCGUCAUCUCCGACCCCACCUGCCAGGUGGCGUGGAACUCACACUGCAACCCCGUGGACGAGAAUGAGAGCUGCCUGCUGACCGUGAGGAGAGCCUUCCGCGGGCCGGGGACGUACUGUGUCAACCUCACUCUGGGUGACGACGCCAGUCUGGCCCUCGCCAGCACCUUGAUCUCUGUCCCUGGUAGAGCCCCAGCGACGGCCCUGGGAGCAGGGGACGCUGUCCUGAUCGCCGCCGGCUGCCUAGCCCUGGGGGUCACCAUGCUCGCCCUCUAUGUAUACAGAAAACACAAGGAAUACAAACGGAUAGAGAACAGCGCUGGGAUCACGGCCAGCGGCGCAGGCCUGAACGUCGGUCUCGGCCACGCCAGGGCCGCGUUCCUCCCCGGACGCCAGGAGAAGCAUCCGCUGCUCAAGGACCAGCCGGGGCGUCUCUAGAGCCGCACCUCCCUCUCACCCUCCGCCCCACCUGCAGUGCCGCCCCUGCGAGCUGUGCAGGGCUGGGUGGCUGUUCCCUUGUUCGUUUUGUUCUCUCCCGGAAGAGUCUUGUGAAACAUUCUCGCGGUGUGGGGAGGCUGGAUUUGUCCUCAGGGGUAAGUGACGAGCUAGAGAGGCGCAGUGCCACCGCCUGCAGCCUGGGGCGCGAGGCUAAGGGCACAGCUCAGCCGCACUUCCUGUCCUGGUUGUGUCCCUCACGAGGUCUCAGGUAGCGAGUAGGGUAGCCACACGCGGUCCCGAGAGCGUCCCUCGCUGGAGUCUGACCCAGGGAGCUGGAGGGACGGGCUGGACACCGUCCGGCUUUCCGUACGACCACGGGCACAAAGCCAGCGGAGUCCUGGCCUGGAGGUCUGCUCCUGUUGCAGGGGACACGCGUGAGCUCCUGACAGAGCAACGCGGGCCCAGGCCUUUAGUACGAGUGCGCACUUGACGCGCUCAGAGAAAAAGGCCGAUCUUAUUACUAGAUGGGAGCCCUGUGUUUGCGUGACCACCUGCCCUGCCCGGCUGAGUGAAGCAAUGAUGUUCAUUCAUUUUGUUAACCAGGGACAUUUGUGUAGUGCUGUCUGUAUACCAGGCCUGGGGACACCUGCCCUCCCAGUUGACACUCCUGUGUAUAAAUCUGAAUUUCUGUACAUUCUGGUACCUGUAUUUGAGUUCACAUAGUAUGAUUUUCCAAAGUAGGAAGACCUUGGGUUUCCUCCCAGUUUCUCAAGUGAUACGGAAAGUUGAUCAGGAAGGACUGUACCUCCAUUUGUGAUGGAACCGUCUGCCGUAUGUCACACAUCACGAUGCUCUUUUUCUCUCCUUUCUUAAAAAUAAAGUGUGG